CCGGGCCCCUUCCUCCCGCGAGCCGCCGCGCCUGCGAGGGAGAGCGAGCCCCGCUCGGAGAGGCGCCCUGCCCGCCUGCCAACAUGGCCGAGCUCGGCAUCGACCAGUCCAAGCUACCUGGCGUCAAGGAAGUAUGCCGAGACUUUGCUGUCCUGGAGGACCACACCUUGGCCCACAACCUGCAAGAACAAGAAAUCGAGCACCACUUGGCAACCAACAUCCAGCGCAACCGCCUCGUGCAGCAUGACUUGCAGAUGGCCAAGCAGCUGCAGGAGGAAGAGGACCGCAGGGCACACGCCCGGACCCAGGAGCACCACAAAGAUAGAGAGCGGCAGGACUGUGAGAUAGCUCAGGAAAUCCAAGUCAAGCUGGUGAUUGAAGCGGAGCAGCGGCGCCGGCAGGAAGAGGACGAUGAGGACAUUGCUCGGAUUCUGCAGCAGAGAGAACUUCAGGAGGAAAAGAGGAGGAAGAAGCCUCCUCCAGAGCCUUUGCAACACGGCCCUUACGAAGAGGGCUACUGUCCAGAAAGCAGAGAGCACUCCUGCGCUAGCCCCAGGGAGCCGGCUGCUGAGCCCACCGGGCCUCGCCAGCCUGGGAGCGGCGAUAGGCAGCCCCCGCAGCCGAGGGAACACCGCAGGGGCCUCCCCCUGGUCUCCGAGGGGCUUGACCUGGAUGUCCUGGGGAGCUCCGCUGAAGUGGGGAAGGCCAGAGGUGGCCAGAGACGCAAGCGAGAGAAGCGGGAGAGGAACGCAGGCAGCCAGGAGAAGCCGUGCAAGUCGCCUCUCGACCUGGAGGACGACUACGUGGGCAGAAGCAGCUGGGGAAGCAGGAGCUGCAGGGACGUGGAGCCAUCCGGCCAGGAGGGAGCUCGGGGUCCAUCUUCACUUCUCCUGGAUGGGGAGGCUGAGCACCGUGGCGGAGGCCGCGGAGAAAGCAGGGAGCGGCGAGAGAGGAGGCCCCGGAGCCGAGAGAGGACCCAAAGGCCAACCCCUCCUCGCACCUGGGAACGGAAAGCCGAGGGGGAAGAUUUCGAGCAGGGCAACAGAGUGUGUAAGCGUCAGGAAAGGCACUCGCCCAGCUUCUUGGGAAAGUCUCCAAGGCCACCACACCGGAAUGCCGACAGGGAGGAAAGUCACCCUGGCCGGCAAUACAGCAACAGCCAUUCACCAAACCCUGACUGCCGUAGGCCACCCCGGGAGGAUCGUCAGUCACCGCGGGCCUCCCGGGACCCCAGACUCCUGGACACGGAAGCUCCACACCGGCGAGGCCGCAGGAAGGAAGUAGAAAGAGAAGACGAAGGAGCAGGUUCUAGGGAAAGAGCCUCCCCACGCCACGGGGAGGACUUGGCAAUGGACCCAGGAUGCCGCCGGAAUCCAGGAACAAAACCAAGAGGGGCAAAAGAAGCCAUUUACCAGAAACCCCGCCCAGCUUCCCAGGAAUCUUAUGAUGCCGAGAUUGCCCGGAAGUUGCAAGAGGAGGAACUGCUGGCUAGCCAGGUGGAUAAGAGAGCAGCACAGGUCGCCCAGGACGAGGAAAUAGCUCGCCUGCUGAUGGCUGAGGAGAAGAAAGCUUACAGGAAAGCAAAGGAGCGAGAAAAGGUGUCUUCGGAAAAGAAAAGGCGGGACCAGGACUGGAAGAAUGAUCCCCAUGAAUUGGUGCACCCAAGGUCAAGAGAAGACCACGAAUCUCAUCGCCCCAGGAGCCACAAACCCACACGGCCACCCCCACCUCCCACAGAGGACCUGAGUCAUCCGUCGAUUCUUGCAAGCCAGCAUAGCUCAGCUCAGAUAUCCAAACCAGAGCCUUCUCAAAAAGGUUACCACUAUAAGCAGUAGAUAAACUAGACUCUGUGUUGUUACUGACUCUCUUUUGUAGCAAACUCUAUCCUGGGAUUUCUCCGGGAGAUCUUCCGAAUUCUUUUUCGCCUCUGAGAGUUCCAGUCCCAGGAUCGCUUCCUUCCUAAGCAUCACGAUGCCCACAAACAGUGCCUCUUCUUCUUCUUCAGUCUGUUUUCCUUGAUGUGUCUGAUCUCUUGGGCAGGGCAGUUAAAUCUUCUUGCUUGUGUGCAGGGAGGUCUCUGCCUUUUGUAACUUGUGAAUGGCCCUCAGCAAUCAUGGGAACGGCCUUCACAGGAACAUGUUUUGUUUUGAAGUGAAGUCAGGCGAUGUAGCCAUUUCAUGCAUGCAAGUUAUCACUUGAUGGUGCAAUUUACAAACUUGUAUGUAUGAAUACUUGCCCAAAGGCUUGAGAUCAAAGGCUCUCCCCCCAAAGUCGCUUUGAGCCCCACGUCCACUUGCCUUUGUCAGACUCACUGAGCUGAUGUCACUGGUUGUCUUACGGCAUUUGGGAGAGCUCUGCCUUUUAACGGCGUGAGGAAGGGCGUGGAAUUUGGAAUCGGGUACAGAAGCUGGGCAUCUCUCAUGAGCCAAAGGGCCACAACUGUUUAUCCAUGCGUUUUUAACAUAAUCCGUAUAUCAUUUGAAUGGCCCCAGAGCGGAUACAUUUGGUGGUCAUGAUUGCACUAGUUACCUCAGCUGGCUUCGUUUCAUUAAAAAGAAAAACCACUGAGUUUAGAGACUUAGAAACCAUAAGAGUUGGAAAGUGAAGUUAAGUUUUGCUCUUGUUCUUACACUUCUCCUUGCUUUUAAUUUUUUGUCCUUCAUCAUUUCAAAUAUAUUUCAGAGACAAACAGUGAGGUUUAGAAACCCCUUUUUAAAAAAUAGUAUAUUAGGAUUCCACAGACAGGUCAAAAGUGCCUUGGGUGGGGAGGGGAGAGGGAAUACAGUUAGCGCGACUUUUGCUCUUAAGCUGGGGGCGGCCAACCUGAGGCUCUCAGCUGCUGGACUAAAUUACCCAUCAUCCACAGCUGCUGUUGUGGCUGGGGAAGAUGGGGAUUGUAGCUGAACAGCAGCUAGAGAGCUUCAGUUUCCCAUUCCUGCUCUGAGCGCUACUGUGCGGUGCGUUCUCUCUCUCGCACCCCCGAAAAAGAUUCCACAUGAAUUCCACUUUCCCCUCCGCUCCCUCUCUGCCAGGUUUUAAAACUCCGGUCUCAGCCUUGCCUAGAUUUCACUCCCCUGCCCUUUCACCCUUUCUGUUUGUUGUUCAGAAGUGUUAACUCUCUCUCUUUCGCUGACAAAAUAACCAAUGUGCACUGUGUAAUUAUUUUUCCUUUUUUUAUUUGAUACUUCUACAGUGCCAUGUUCAGCCGUUUGGUUUUUUUAAUAGGUUUUAUUUUUAUAUGACAUAGAAUAGUCAAAGGUGGUGGCUUGUUUUUUACUAAUGAAGCUGCCACCCCAACGCGCUCUCUCUGUGUUGCUGCAUCACAUCAGUGCUGUAUUUAUUUAUUGUUCAGUGUGACGGGGGACUUUGGGGUGCCGAAGCGGAAGACGUGCCUCUCUGACUCUUGGUUGCCAGAUGUGGGUUCUUGCCACAUCCGUGGGAAAUUCUCUCUGGUGGGGAUCCAGGCCCCUGCUCUGUUUUGUCUCUCUUUCUUGCACUGGUGAGCAGACCUGUUUGCACUCAGGAAGGGGAGAACUAGGGAGGAAAUGGAGCGACAGCUGAGAUUGUGAAUGCUCCCCUCUCCCAAAAUCAGAUGAGAGGAUCAAGUCAGGGAGAAAACGCCCUCCAGUGGCCAGAAUCGGGCCUUGAAGUUCCUCUCUUGCUCUUUUUGUCCCCAGAGUACUUGAUGGGUGCACCCAGACUCAUCAGGAGAGUCUAGGACGCUCCAAUCAAGGGCUAGUUUAGGAGCAAAACCCCUUUCUUGUUAAAGAGCAGGUCAUAUUGCAAACUUGUAAGCACAUUUGGAUCUAAGCUCCAAUCUCCUGGAGGCUCUACAGGGAUGAGUGCAGAGAAAGGGCACAAUCCCCUGGGAAGUUCUCCUGCAUAUGAGUCCCAUUGAAACAAAUGGGGGCUAUGCAAGGGUAUAUGAUGAUGCUCUGCACAGCUCUUGUUCAUUUUGAUGGGGUCUACACAGGAGAACCUUCUGGAGAUUGUGCCCAAGCAGCUAUACCAAUGCACAUGAGCAUUGUGAGUCUCUAUACAAGCACACACACACACACACGCUCACACACACACCUUUCCUCUGAGAAAGGAAUCUAGCUGAACUUGUUUGUCUGAGCAUGGUGGAUUCAGCCCUUCAGACAACCUGUUUUUAGCUUAACCAACUUAAUAUUGUCCAUUGAGACCUUUCAGACAAACUAGUUCUACUUGAUUCCAGUGCACAAUGAUGAUAAAAACCAAUGCUCAGAAUGAGGGGGGAGUGGGUACUGCUCAGCUAAAUCUGCCCCAUGUGUUCUGAGCAUGCCAGCAAAAUCUGGGCAGAUGGAUCUGUCACAGCAGAAUUGGAUUAUAACUUUGAGGAGCUGUGGAUCAGUACCUGAGUUGCUGAUUCUCGAAAUCGCCUCCCUGGAAAUUUCUGCCAGAUCUUGUGUUAAUAUAGGGGCUUAGACAAAUUCAUGGAGGACAGGUCUAUCAAUGGCUACCAGUCUGAUGGCUAUAGGCCACCUCCAGCUUCAGAGGCAAGAUGCCUCUAAAUCCCAGUUGCAGGGGAGCAACAGCAGGAGAAAGGGCACGCCCUCACCUCUUGCCUGUGGGCUUCUCAGAGGCAUCUGGUGGGCCACUGUGGGAAACAGGAUGCUGGACUAGAUGGGCCUCCUUGGGCCUGAUCCAGCUGGACUGUUCUUAUGUGACCUAACAAGGAGCAAGUGGCAGCUAUAGCUUCUCCUUAGAAACCACAAAGGGGUUCUCUCUGAAAUUAAAUUGGCCCCCAAAUGUUCUCUCUUCAUGCCUGUUUUUAGCAAUUAAUCAGGACACAGUAUGGACACUUCUGACUCAUGAAGGUGGCCUGCGCUGUUGCCUUUCCCCAGAGAUGUUUUCUGAAAGCAGACUAGAGGCAACAGUUUUCCCAGUGAGUCUCUUGACUCUCUCUGUGAACAUCUGUGUCAAUUUAGAGUCAGAUCAGUGGCUCCUGUAUCGCAGGCUUGUCUCUCAGGGAAGUGAAGCAUCCCUCCUGUGCUACCUGAAACAACAGUUCUGUGCAACCCAGAGCCAUUUGCCCUCCCACGCUCCAACAGUGUGGUUGGGGAUGGGGCUGUAGUUCAGUGGCUGAGCACCUGCUUGUGUGCAGAAUGCACCAGGUUCGGUCCUUUGUAGCCUCUCCAGGGUGCUUUCCAGAUAGCUGCUCAACAGCAGCAAAAUGCGUCCGUUCAGGCAAGUCACAUUAGAAAUGUGAACAGCAGGGGGAGCCGUCUUGUGGAAACUAACCACCUGAAAAAAAACAGCAACUUUUUAACGCCAGAUAUACGACAUCAUAGCACUAUAUUGCAGCGAUUAAAUACAAAACAAGGCAUCGUAAAUCUGAACGGCACCCUGCUGUCAGCGUAGGGACUGUGAUGUCUCAACACAGGAAGCACACUUCCGAGAUUCGUCAUGACCCUGUCGCAGGGUGUGAUCUGGAAAGUGCCCAGGACUAGGAAAGAGGCCGUUUCCUAGGCACCUAUAUAAUAAAGGGUCUCGUCUGAGCCCUUCGGGUUCAUAUGUAGCUGAGGUUUGUGUGCCCCGCAUUGCAUCCAAGUGACAGGGAAACCGAAGCAGGUAAAUGGCUUUCCCUGGGCAUCUCGCCAGCCCUUCUCUCCCCCGACCCCAGAAGCACAACUAUUCUGGUGCUUGAUGAGGACCCAGUUUGGCAGCUGGCAAGGAAAGCUGCUGUGCCUUAAGCCCCGAGUGGCCCCGUUCUGGUCAAGAACUCCUUGCCACAAAAGGCCGUCUGGUCCAUCUUCUGUGAUGAACUGCUGCUGGUGGGAGCAGAGGUGGAAUUACUUCCCUUGAUCCAAACGGUGUAUCUCCAUUGCGGAAAGAGCGUUUUCCUUUCCUCGUUGGUUUCUUUUAAUGUUUUGGCAAUGAGGGAAUGGUGGGACCCAGUCAAGGUGGCCAUGGUGGGCAGCUCUUCUUCUUCUUCAAGGUCAAGGUUGUUCUGUAUUGCUCUCCCUUCGUUUUAAGUAUGAGAACUGAAUUAACUGGUUUUAGCACAGGGAUGGCCCCUUCGGCCUCUCCAGCUGUUGUUAGACUGCAACUAAACUGCAGCUGAGGGUGAUGGAGUUUUAGUCCCACAACAGACAAAGAGCCUCAGGUUUGCCACUCUCGAUGUAGCACUUGCCCCUUCCUUUUAUAUGCACAGGUAUCAGUCGAUUCUGGGAUUUAUUUCUGUGCCAAAAUCCUCACUGCUCUGAGCAAAGGUACCUCAUAAUGUUUGCUCAGUUCUUUCCACCUGACUCAUUUUUGCAUAUGUCCUUUUGUUCCCAUUCAGAGUUGAAUGUGUGUAUUUAAUACUGAUUAACUUGUCUGGAGACUGAUCAUGCAUUUCUCCUUCUGCUGCUUCGCAUGAAGGCAAACGUUCCUUGCCGGUAGUGCUGUUACAAAGCUCUGCAUAAAGAAUCUCUGCUGUGUGCUUCUGCCUGCCGUAGGGGAUAGUCUGCAGCUGAGAAGCCCCCACUGCACCCUUCUCACUUGCCACUGCUUCUGACAAUGGGCCCAGUAACAAUUCAUCCUAAUAAGCCCGGGGGGCAGGGAGAGGGAUAACGAAACGCAGCUGUCUCUGGUUCCUGGCAGCUCCAUUUGUGCUUCUCUAUCUCAUCCUGCCCCUCCCCAGUGGUCAGGAGAGCCACAUUGCCUGCAGGCUGGCCAUUCAUCAGGUAGAGCUGGGUGAGCCUGCACAGCUCUACCUGAUGAGUGGCCAGCCUGCAGGCAGCACAGCUCUCAUUAGCACUGGGGGAGAGAGGAGCCAGGGGAGCUGCUGGGAACCAGAGACAGCUGCUUCUCGUUUGUCGCCCCCGGCUCAUUAGGAGAAGCCGCUAAUGAAUGGGCUCAUGCUCUGCCAUCUGUUUCCACGCCACAUUAAAAUGGUUAGCAACAGUGCACUACUGAAUGCAGCCAAAGUGCCGUAAGUCUUUCUUGAAAUCUUUCCUGAUCUCUUCUAGACAGCUUGUCAGGUCACAUGUAUGACCUGCAAUUAUGCUUAGAAGUUUCUUCUUAAUCUUUAAAAAAAAAAAUCUACCUCUCUGUAGUUUGAAACUGUUAUCAGACUUCCAUUUAAAUGGCUGGCAAAUUCUCUGGUCAUUGUCCCCUCUGCUCCUAGGUUAGAUACACCUCUUUCUUCAGGUGUUGUCAUCUUGUUGAGAUUCACUUUCUGGAAAUCUUAGCAUCUCUCUUGCUCCCCUCCUGGAUCCUUCCCAGUGGAGAGACCUUUUCAGAAGCUGCAUCCUCCAUACCUUUUCACCCAACAUAAGGGAAACUUGGCUUCUCGGGGGCAAAAGCAGAGAGGUAGGUAGCUGAUCUGCUACUGAGAAGGUGAUGUGAAUGCCAGUGAGGGGGUUCCUAAAGGCAAUUUUUUAAGGUCCACAUUCGGUAAAAGACAACAAGGCUCUCCACACGAGCAGUGUGGCGAGCCAUAAGGGGUUUCGUGGGGAGAGCGGGUUUGACCCACUCUCCCUGCAGAUGAUCAGGCGGCUACCCCUAGGUGGCUGGAUUGGCCGCCCACACAAUUACCGGCUCCAUCAUUUAGCUGGUUGGGGCUGCAGAGAUCGGGGGCUUCCUGGCCCCCAGAACACCUGUGUGAGUAUGUGGGGCAUUCUGGGGAGCCCCUGAUGCAGGGAGGCUUCUUGUAGCCUCCCCGUCAGGGGUCUCCUCAUGAGUCACCACCGUGCGGAGCCACACUGCAGCAACACACAAUCAGGUUAGUGGAGGGCACACUCUGCUAACCUUGUUUAACGGAGGUGCAGUUAAGCAGGCUUGCUGCCAGGAGCCACACCGCUCACGUUGCAGCACACGACCCGCAGGGGCUGGGCUCCCUUAGUUUCUGUGGGUCAUGAGAAUAGCCUCAGUGAUGAAGAGUCCUUGCUUAGUUCAGAGAGGAAGCUGUCCUCUCCUGCAACUUGGUUCCCCCCAACUGGUGUUCCCUGAAAGAGGGAAUCCCAGAUGUUGUUAACUACAGCUCCCAGAAUCCCUAGCUGCGGUGGGCUUUGGCUGAGGAUGCUGGGAAUUGUAGUCAAGAGCAUCUGGGAUUUUCUGUUAGAGGGAACACUGCCCCCACCCUGGACUUUCAACUCAAAUGAGCAUCUCUGUAUGGGGCGUCAUUUUAAGGAUCAUUGCACACUUCUUGCCCAUGGGCUUCUGCUACCCCUGUUUACUGACUCUCUUCACCAUCACAAGCUCCUCUGAUGAUGUGAAGCUCUCCUGUUCUUCCUUGGGCCACUCCCCUCCACCACCACCACCGAAAGCUUCUCCUGGGAUCAGAAGGGAGAUAAUCUUCCACAGAUGCUCAUCUGUUUUGUUAUAGAGUUGUACAUUUUUUUCAGGACCAACUGAGCAAGGGCUGCUUGUUGUGUCUUCUGCCAGCACACAGAAUGUGUGUUUCAGCCAACCUGUGGAGGGCAGAAAUGCCACCGCUAGCAUCUGGUAUGCCUUGUUGCACAUUGGAUUCCCAUGGAAGCAUUAUUUGUCACAUGUGCACUUGAGUUAAUUCCUACUGUAAACCCCCCAGUGGGUAACUACACUACACACAGCUGCAGCUGCAGCACUGUGGCUGGAGUGUAGGGAGCCAGUCCUUCCAUUUCAGGAAGCUGCCUCCUGGCCCUCCACCGUUUCUCUAAGGUUAUGGCGGAGAGGGAUGGAAUUCUCCCUGCACAGGGUAGCUGACCCUCUGCUGGACUUGGACAGCAGAAGCAGCUCCUCCUGAAGGCCUCCCUGUCCCAGUUUGGAGAGGGGCAGCCCCAUUCUCCAGAGCUUACAAGCACAAAGACCGGAGUCACUCUGCAAAAGAGUGGACACUGGCCACUCGGCUGUACAGACUAGCUUCUGGUUUCUCUUGCUGUGAGCAGGUCCUGUGACUGUGUGCUCCCUCCCCAGCUUUAGGCCAGAUUGGCUUGUGUUUUGCAACUUCCUGGAAGGGAAUCCCACCCGAGUGCCUCUCUCUGUAUUUGUGUCCCUACUACCAAAUGCCACUUUUGGAGAAAUAACUGAAGACGUUGCCUUCAGAGAUCAGUGUUCAAUGUAGCAUGUGGGGAUUUGGCAAGAUGGAAACCUUCAACUAGCUAGAUCUCCCUCCCUCCAAGAGCUAUAAGCUUACUCUAAAGUUGCCUCCACACUAAAGACACUUGAUACUGCUGAAGUAUUGCUUUUCCAUAGUGCUGGAAUCGGAAUCGAGAUUGUGGCCACACACGGCAGCACUCUAUAGAGCUGCCCUGCAAAGAUCCUAAUAUAUAAUGCAUGUUGACCAAAGGCCACACAGCCCUUUCCUGCAGAGCAGCCCCUGCCCCUUGGAAGAGUUGCUUCCUUCCUGCUCCUUCACGCGCUGCUGUGAUGGCAUCCUUGAAUUGGCUCUUAAUUAUUCUGUUCCCUACCCUGGGUGGGGGAGGGGAGCUUAAAUUACUGUGUUUUUCUUUGCAGUCAGAGCUACGAAUAGCACAACUGCAACUGUAAAUUAAGAUAGCACUGCUCUGGCAGCAAAAGGAAGCCAGUAGUAAUGGAUAACCACACACCCACUCACACCCCUGUCAGAGAACAAGCUAUUUAAGGGCUGACUCAGAAAUGGCAUGGCUAUUUGAACAAGAAGCAAUUGAUUAAAGGGGAAGAGAGGAAAGAACAAAUUCAAGAGCCAGCAGCAAGAAGCCUCGAGCACUUUGUCAGUCCACACUGGAUGAGUGUGCUAUAAAAGAAAGAGCCACAAAUUGGUUAUUUGAAAGAAGGGGACACAGCAACCAGUGGUGAUAACGUUUGGAUUCUCCAUACAAAUGAGAAAAGUGAUGCCCAUUCCAGAGAAAGUGGCUAGUGUGCGAGCAACUAAAGAUCCACCCUGUGGAAUCUGCCUUGCCAAAAUCAGUGGCGCUCUUUCAACCAUCCAUCUAUGCAAGAGAUUGGCUUGCCUUGUGUCAACUGUUCGGCCUCUGCUACUGUUUCCAGGUUUCGUGUUGAAUGUCUGGCUGGGUUGUAGGAAACAGCUGCUUCUCCCCCUGCCCCAAGGCUGCCUCUUGACCAUCCUGAACUCUUGGGAUGUCAAAAGGAACAUCAGCUUCUUCUGUUGAUUGAGUUUUCUAUAACUCUUUUCAAAGGGUUUGUCAAUGUUGCUCUUAUUGUGAAAGCAGAAUCUGAAAGUUGAGGUGCAAGAAAUGAUUUUCAUCUUUGGGUGGGGGGAGAAAAGUUGAUUAAUUCGUAAAUUGAGAAAUUGAAUUGUGUGUGGCAUUAUCUUGGAAUGAAUAGAGAGACACAGGGUUUAGUAGCACUGCUGUUUCUGCACAACUGGACUUUGCAGCUCAGACAGUUGGUUUCAACAAGAAUAUCUGCCAGAUGUUUCCCACAAUGAUUGGGUUUUGUUUACUAUAUAAUAUGGAGUUGUACGGUAUUGUUCCUUUGAAACUUAACAUCUAGCUGUUUCAUAAAUGUCCAGAGUGGUGACACACGACGGCCGUAAUUCAGAGGUGUGCACAUGGGCAAGACAUCCAGAGGUGCACGGCAUAUAGAACUGUUUUGCCUUUUUCUAUUUCUUGCUUGAAUGUCUGGUCGCUUCUUAACGGCUACCUGCACUCCUGGUUUAACCUCAGUUUGCAACUUGGUGGGGCGGGGCGGGGGGGCUGCUGCUGCUGCUGGAGGGCAAAAGGCCUUGUGUGUUUUUCCUUCCUCAAUCAUGGCCACGUCAUCAUCUGUUGCUCUUAAAUGUAAAGCCUGUUUGCACAACCCUGGAAGCCUCCUCCAUGGGCCAAGGUGAGCCCACAGUGAAGGGGCUGGAGGACUGGCAGGUUAGGCACCAACUUUUGUCCAACGUUUGUGGGCAUUCUGGCACCCGUCACAAAGGACUUGCAUGGUCACAUGCCUGCGUGUGUCUGUCGGAUGGGAUGUGCAUAAGCAGAGGAGUCAGACUUUCCCACCAUGUGCCCAGACUUGCUCACACAUCGUCGAGGGCAUAUUCCGUUUUCUGAAUGAGCCCAAGGUUUUAGCUUCCCAAACCACCAGGCCCCACAUUUCUUCCCUCGAUUUUGAUUGUUCCCUGGGAAGAAUGAGCCCCCUUCCUUUUGGCCAAGAACGUCACCCCCACCUCCAGUUUGUUUCGCGGGUGGUUUGCUCUGCCAGGACCAGCUCAGAAGGGCCCUCCGUAUCCCCCUGGCUUUGUUCUUGUGCGUUGCUUGUUGUACCAAGGACCUACGUUCUUCCAGCCUACUAGAAGUAGCAAAAUAGUAUAGACUUUAGCUUGAUUGUACUCCUGUGCUGAGAGACUAAAGAGAGCUGUGUAAUGUUGGGACGGAAUUCCAGGCUGUUCUUCUUCUGGAGACAGCAAUGUUGGAACGACAUAAAUAAAGUAUUGGCAUUUAUUUACAAA